UAUCUUUGUUGAAAUACAAAAAAAUACUGACUUCUCAAGUCAUACAACACUAAUAUCUGCUCAUUUUUAACAAGCUACGUACAGUAUAUGUAAAAUGUUAUUUUUUUAGGCAGUCAAAAAGCAAGAGUACAAUAGUGCCCUCGAGUGGUAAAACAUUAACAUUACCACAUGUAUCAGCCUCCGUGAGAUUACUCUCUCGCCGCUUAGUAAAAAGAGCUACAAAGCGUCAUAAGAUGAUAGUUUCUAACCCAAUACGCGUUUUGACUCGUCAAAUUUGAGACGCAUUUCAAUAAUUCAAGAUUACGUAACUGUAGUGUGUAAAAUAAAAAAAUAAAGAGUGCAGUAAUAACGUUUCUGGACAGAUGGCGAUAAAGCACUUGUAAUAUACAUCAGAGUAUGGCGGUGGAAACGGAAGUCCGCCAAACCCGAAGAAGAGUAGUUUCCGGUGUGGGUGGUUUGUUUUAUGGUAGUUAAUGGCGGUCGCGUACAGCGUUGUCUGUCAACAUCCUCACGGUUUUAAUUGUAACUGUCUAAUUGUAAUCAAACAUGUACUCGGGUGUGUUGGGAAUGCGGGGUAGUUACACGAUAUUUAUGUUCAACUUUCAGGUUGGCUCAUGUGCCGUGGUGCUUGGAAAUUCACGGUUUAAGGCGAGGCGAAAACGACGUAAACGCUGAGCAUGGAGGACGAAGAAGGAGAGAAAGUCAGCGGGUGUGAAGUAGCCGAACUCCGUCUUCAGGUGGAGUCGUUGAAGGAAGAGCUGAAGGAGUGCAAAGCUGAGCUGGCCAAAUUGCAGAAGCAACUGAGUCAUUCCGAGAGACUGCAGAGGAGCACAGAGAGCUACAACGAUGAUUUGAGGAAACAGGUGGAUCAACUGAGUGCAGAGAUUCACGAGUGGAAGAAAAAAACUAAAGACAAAGUUCACACUGAAACUCAGACCGAAGAAUAUGUUUGGACUGACACAGACUAUUAUAACUACUACUACGGUGACUACUAUCAGAACACAGAGGCUGCGGACUCCCAGGAAAGUCUCGGGGCGACUCAAGCGGCGGAUGCAACUGGUGGAGGUGACUCGGCAGAGGUUGCAACAGUUGAGCAAGCGGAUGCAACUGCGGCCACGGCUGCGGAUGUGUCUACUCAACCUGAUAGCAGUGUGGUAGCCACCGCAGAGGGUGAUGCAGCAUCCAUUGCUGAUAUGCUAAGAGCUACCGCUGAGGAGGCCAUGACGCAGACGGGCUUUGUCUUUGACGAGACAACCGGCAUGUACUAUGACCACAGCACUGGCUUCUAUUAUGACUCGGUCAGCCAGCUGUACUACGAUGGCACCACAGGCAUUUACUACUACUACGACGCAGAAAGUGGACGCUACCAGUUUCACUCCAAGGUCGAUGUUUCUGCUGUGCACACUGGCGACCAAGAUGAUUGUGUGACUGAAAAGAAAGGCAGAUGGUUCAAAAGAGGUGUGAAGAAAACCUCAGCGUACAACGAUAAGGAGUACGCGUUCGAUGAGGUCAAGUCGGAGGAAGAAGAACAGCAAUCAAAGCGCACAACAGAAUCCCGAAAAACUAGACGACGGUCCCGUAGUCAUGAGUCGCGAGAAAGAGACUCCAAACGGCGGGGGGAGAGGGACAAGUCUUCCUCCAAGAGAAAAAAGCACAAAAGUGGCUCAAGCCACGACGAGAAGAGAAGGUCAAAGAAGAAAAAGAAGCGUUCCAAGUCGUCGUCGUCGCGCAAGAAGGAGCGCCGCUCGCCAACUCGGGGCGGUGACUUGGAGGGGAACAGCGAGGCCGAGGAAGGGGAGCUCACCGAGUCUGAGAAGGAGCAGUGGGAGUCUCCACCUUCUGUGUCGCCUUCUCGGAGCUCUCCUUGCAACCACAGCCCGGAGUCCGAGAUGGAGACUCAGUGUCGGGCAGAGUUGUGGCCGCCCUGCGUGAGAGUGACGGUGGUCCGAUCGCCGGUGCUGCAGGUUGGCACCUUGUUUAUCAUCACAGCUGACUCGGCGGCCACCAUCGGCAGAGAGAAAGACAUGGACCACGCAAUUCGGAUCCCGGAAAUGGGAGUGAGCAAGUUGCAUGCCGAGGUGUACUUUGACCAGCAGCAGCAGAGCUACAUGCUCGUGGAUCAGGGAAGUCAGAACGGAACGGUCAUCAACGGCAACAGAAUCUUGCAGCCCAAAACCAAGUGUGAGCCGCACCCACUGACCCACGGCGACGAGGUCAAGAUGGGAGACACGGUGCUGUCUUUCCAUAUCCACGCCGGGACCGACACCUGUGAUGGCUGCGAGCCGGGCCAGAUCAUGGCUCACCUCAGCAAGCACAAGCGAGAGGACACGCCAGGGCCAACGCUAACCAAAGAAGAUAAGGAAGUACUGAGACAGAAGGAGCUCAAAUCGAUGAAAGCCAAGUAUGGCCUCCAGGUAAAUGGCUCCAUCUGUAUGCGGCCCUUCUCUCUCCCCUUCCGCCUUUUAAGCUGCUUUUCCUCUCGACAGAGUAAUGAGUUUGAAGAAGGCAAAGCCCUGAGGAACCCAAAGUACAGGGACCGAGCCGAGUCUCGGCGUCAGACCGUGGGCAGCGAGGGACUUUUCCAACAAGAUGAUGCCCCUGCUUCUGUUCAUGUGGAGAUCAGCGAGGUCAAUAAAGGAAGGAAGAUGCUGGAGAAGAUGGGCUGGAAGAAAGGAGAAGGAUUGGGGAAAGAGGGAACCGGAAUGAAAGAUCCGAUUCAGCUUCAAAUCCGGAAGGCCCAAUCAGGUCUGGGAGCAUGCGGGACCAUGUCUGUGGACGACGCCUCACUGACCAGAUCCAAAUCCCAGAAGAACUGGGAGAAAGCUCGUGAGCGAUUUGCCGACUCGUGCCAGGUUGACACGCCGUCGCCCAAAACCCAGUGCGUGUCCCCUAAAGCCUGGGUCAAAGCGGAGCCCGAGAUUGCGGACUCCCAUGCCGACGUUGAUCCAGAGACCCAAAGUUAAUAAGAACAUCCACAUUCGGAAUACAUGAAUCUGACCUCAGCAAUCAUACACACAAUUCUGUGGAGAGAAGAACUCGGUGUCAGGGUCCACCCAGCUCCGGUGCUGUACUGCCACCGUGGCCGCCAUGGAUUGCUCUCAGCAAAUAUUGACACACCGAGGUUCUAUUUCUCGCAGUGAGCUCAUAAUGCGAGGAGACAACUGCAGAUAUGCUCGAAUGUUGCACAGCGCGACAAGAAGUCCCAACGCAUGACCCUAACAUGACCGUGACAAUGUGUAUUAUUAGAAAUGACUGAUGCUUUCUUUUAUUUUUCAUGUUGUAGAUAAAACAUCCAUCACUUGAUUGGUUGUUUGCCUCAA